UUUAGAUUUGUUUCACUAGAUCUAUGAUCUUUUUGUUUUUACAGGCAUUAUCAAACCUCUUAAUUCCUGACCACCAUGCUGAUGCCUUCAUAUCUCCAGAAAAUCCAGAGUUGCCAGUUCUUUGGGGAGACAAAGUGAUUGAAUUCAUUUUAGGAGGACUUGUACGAUGGGAUGCACAAUACUUCCUUCAUAUUGCAGAGUAUGGUUAUACACAUGAGAACACACUCGCGUUCUUCCCAGUGUUUCCCAUGCUUGUGAGAUUGAUAGGAAAUAUUCUACAUUUUCCUCUACAGUAUGUAAUGAAUUAUCAUAGUGUUCUCAUUCUGUCAUCAGUGAUAUUGAACUUCUACAUGUUUGUGAAAACUGCCAGUAUUUUGCACAGACUAAGUGAAGAAGUAUUGAAAAGUGAAGUUUUAGCCUACAAAGCAGCAAUAUUAUUUUGCAUCAAUCCAGCGACAGUGUUCUUCACAGCUCCAUAUAGUGAAUGUUUGUAUGCUUUUUUUACCUUCUCAGCUUUACUUGUGAAUCAGUCACAAAGUACUACACGUUCUGCCUUCCCAUUUGCAUUGGCUUCUUCAGUGCGAUCCAAUGGCCUUGUCAACAUAGGCUUUAUACUGUAUCGCAAAUUAUUAGACUGCAAUAAUUAUUACCACAAAAUUCGGAAUGCAACAACAGAGUCAGGACAGCUUUCUCUUCUCUUGGUAGUUGUAUUGACUUUCAACUACACCCUCAUUCCAUUAUUUGUUGGAUGUUUCUUAGUUAUGCUACCUUUUGCCAUUUUCCAAAUGUGGUGCUACCUGACCUACUGUGGGGAAGAAGGUAGCAGUCCUUCCUUAGCUCCCCACUUGGAGAUGUUUGUGCGUUCAAACUUCUUGCAUUCACCUGACCUUGGAGAAGCUGAGUGGUGUUAUAACUAUCCUCCACUUGCAUAUUCACAUGUACAAGACAAAUACUGGGAGGUUGGGUUGUUACGUUAUUAUGAGGUUCGCCAGGUACCUAAUUUCAUGUUAGCGUUGCCAGUUGUUAUGAUUGUUAUUUGUCAUGCUGCAUUAUACAUGGUAGACAAUCCUCAGAUAUGUUGGAGCUUUGGCAUUCCCCAACCUUCUGUGGAUGGUAAGGGGAACAAGAAGAAACCACAUUCCUGGCCAGACAAGGGUAUUAACUCAUGGAGAGUGUUUGUGUACACAGCUCACUCUCUUGGUUUAUGUGCAUUUUGUGUGCUGUGUAUCCAUGUUCAGGUAACAACAAGGUUGUUAUGCUCAAGUUGUCCAGUUAUUUAUUGGUUUGCAGCCCACUUACUUACUGACCAGACUAAAAAAGAAGGGAAGGAUGAGAGGCAGUGUGUUGAAAUCCGGGCUGAAGCAGUAGAAAACAUGAACAGCUUUUACAAGGUUGCCCUUUUAUCAGAGUUUCCCAAGUCAUUUUGGGGUCAGAUGCUUUUAUCUACAGGCUAUUAGCUUGGAUGAGUCCUUACAGCAUUGAACAACUCAUUUUGAGAGGUUCAGUUCUGAACACUAGUGAACUUUGGACAUGUUAUUGCAGUCUUCCAAUUCACGUGAAAAUAACCUCUCUGUGACCCCCUCUUCACAUUGAAUGGAUCACUUUGCCCUUCAACUUUCAUUCUGUAUGUGAUGAAAGUGUAUUAGUGUAUUUUUAUUUGGUAAUUUCUCCUUUUGUUUGCUGUAGUAAUUGCAUACAGUUGGCACUGUUGAUGGUGUUUUCUCAUGAUGGUUUUUCAUAAUUUUUCAGCAGUACUUCUCAUAUUCUUAUUUUAAUGUUAAUGAGUACAGAUUUAUUUUGAGCAUGACUAUUUGCUGUAUAUUAAUUUUCAGAUUUCCAUACAUGUAGAGAAAUGGGUCUAGAAAAGGAUUUUUCUCAAUUUGGCCUCUUUCCACAAGCUUGUGUCAAUCCUGUUCAUAUUAUAAACUUAGGGAAUAGUUAGAUUAAUUUGUCAGGGAUGUGUAGUUGUUAGAUACACGAACAAAUGACAAGUUUUCUAAGGCAAUUUGUAUUUUUCAUAACUACAGACCUGAGGUCUUAACGUUGCACUGCCCACCUCUAGCCGCCCCUCUGUCUUGCCAAAGACAUCCUGAGUUGGGAAAGACUGAACGCUGUGGCAUGGGUGUCUGGUCCUUGACCACUUUUCACCCAAUAUAUGCACGCAUUGCCAGAUCUCACAAGAUUCCUUGUUUUUGUCUGCGAUUUAACUGGAUCCUGCUAGGCACUAGAAAUUAUCCUAUUGUUAAGACCUCAGGUUUGUAGCUAUAAAAAAUACAAAUUGUCUUAGAAAAUUUGUCAUUUUUCCUGUCUCAAGAAACUGAGAUAGUAAUUUAUGAGAUUUUAGUUACCCCUUAGUUUAAAAAACAAAGCUUAUAGCUUCAGGUACAAGGGAAGGUUUGCUCAGACAGUUUUUUCUAGUGGUUGUUGCUUUAGUGAGGCAAGUAAGGUUGACAAAACAUCUGAAAGUUCUUUUCAGAAAAGUCAAGUCAGUUUGCGGGGAAAUGUGACAGGUAACACUAUACCAUUCAUGUACAUAUUCAUUCACUGAUUUUGAGAAUAAUCAUCUUUGUUAUCUCCAUUGUUCUGAAAAUAGCAGAAUAAAUUUAACUGGAUUUCUGUGUGGCCAAAAAGGCAGUCCCUGGUUAUCAACACCGAUCGGCACUGUCAUCAUUGAUUUACGGUUAUUGUCACGCCGUCGGAAAUGGAACCCCCACUGAUAAACGGGGACAGCCCGUACCUAUUUGGUGUGAAGUAGUUGGAAAUGCUAUUUUUUGGAUGAGAGAGAUAAUGAGGAAGGUUAUUUGUUAAUGCCAGAACUUAAUUACCUUAUCAUCAUUGAUUUUGUUAAGUACGUACACAUAUCCCAUGAGGCACAAGUACCUGAGGUUCCUGCUUUCUUCCUUUGUCUCGUUGUGCCUUCUCUCUCAUCUCUUAAUCACUUAAAUGUCCAGUUUUCAGUUUUGGUAAAAAUUAAUGCAAACCCUGUAAGUCUCAAGGUGUAACAACCAUCUUUUAAUCUUUGGAAUGUGCAGAUAAUAAAAAAUUAAAAAAAAACUAUUCCUCUAGAGCUCUGUUCGAGAGAAGGCACCAGUUCCUCUGUAUUAGCUAGUUUUCAAUGAAGCGAACAUAAUUUCCUUUCGUAGAAGACAGUAGAAACUCAUAUUUAGUGCUGCUAAAAAAAUCUGUGCAAAUAAGUUUAAAAGUCUGAGCGGUUGAAUUAAACUCCUUUAAUAAUAUAAAAAAUAUACUUAAGUUGC